AUUUGGUCACGGCACUAUAGUACAUCAUAUCAUAUCACUGAACAUAUCACCGCAUAUUACAUCGCAAUGUGUACAUUGCAUAUUGCAUGUCCAUGUUCCAUCUUAGCUUAGUAUAAAUUUAGACCCUUGGUGCAGCUCUGGGCCAUGCAGCGAUUUCCACUCGAAAACGCGGAACGCCCCAAGCCUUCAUGUGCACCGCCCAAGCCCAGCUCCAAGUGUGAGAAGCGCAUGGGCUACGAAGCCGACGGCUGGGAAGCUGAUCAGCUGGGAAGCUGCAAAAGCGAAGAUGCCAACGGUGCUGAAGAUGCAGAACUCAACACGGGCCGAUAUCAGUUCCAGGCGUGCAAAUUAGAGGACACGUGGCCACAGAGUGAUCAGUUCGAGGCAUGCAAGGCUGAGGACACAUGGCCGCAGGCGGGCUAUUCUCAGGAAGGUUUCAGGAUAAUCCGUGAGAGUCACUUUGAAGCCAAGCUGAUGCUGACAAUGCCUGGCUUUACCCGUUCCCAUAUUUCCCGGAUGAUUGGCAAACGAGGAUGCAACCUGUUGGAACUGUCCAAACGCAGCCAUGCCAAAGUGCAUCUUUGCGGCAAGGACUCCAACAGACCAACCAACGAAGCAAACCACUUAUUGAUUAGAGGCAGUGAGGUGAGUGUAGAAAAGGCCUUAGCCAUGGCAUGCCAGAAGGUUGUUGAAGUUCUGGGGACAGACAUUCCAGAGUGUGCCCAUUGCGGAGGAGAUCACAAGAGCCGAGACUGCCUUACCAUUCGCCUUCCCUGUGUAGAGCGUGUUUUUCUGGAUGCCACGGCCAAUGUUGGCUUUAUCAUCGGCAGUGGUGGGCGAAAUGUGCAGCCAAUCAAGGAAGCAACUGGAGCACUGAUCCGAAUGUGCGGCAUUGGUUCUGGAGAACUGCAUGCAAGUGAACCUCUCCAUAUGAGGAUUGAAUGCAAGACCGAAGAAGCACUCGCGCAGGCCGUGCGAAUGGCGCAUGAUUUGAUCGAUCGGGUCACUUCUUGGACUCCUUACGAUGACCCACCUCCCCCGGGCUACGACUUUCAGUUUCGGCAGAAGAUUGAAUUGGAGUUUGGAAGUUCUGCAAGAGGCCGACAAGAUUUUGACAGUUUGAACGCACACUUGUUGGGCAAACGGGGUCAAAAUUUCAAGCGCAUCCAUGAGAGCACUGGCGCUUAUCUUUGGCUUCGUGGCCAGGGUUCUGGUAUUUCACAGGAUGGUGCAGGAGACGCGCCCAUGCACUUGCUGAUUGAACAUGAUGACCUACCUCUGCUGCAAGAGGCAGUGCGAAUGGCCCAGGAGCUGUUGGAUUCAGUUGAAGCCAGGCUUCAAGACACGUUUUGCCGAGUCUGUGGGGGGGCUCACUUUACAUAUCGCUGCACGAAGGCCAACAGUGCUGGGUACUUGAAAGAAAUGAAAGGUAAAGGCGGAGGUGCCGGGAAAGGUGAGAGUCGUAACUCUGGUGGCUAUGAGUGUGGCUACGGCGACCUUGAUUCAGAGGAACGCUUGCAGCACCAUGAACAAGGUGGCUGGUAUGCGAACAAACACGCCAGAUGGGGUUGAUUAUUGAAUUGCUCGCCUGCUUCACCUGCAAAGUGAACUCGCCCAAAGCUUGGGGAAGCAUGACGCAAUGCACGCUUUGCAUCUUCAUGCGUCGCAGUAUGCAGCUGAUGGGAGUGCUAUAUAUUUUAGUAUUUUCAAGCGCUGCACGGUGAUACAUUCGGAGUGUCGUGAGCAGAAGCACCAAA